CCUGGGUGGCAGCAGCAGCAGCAUGACGGCCUCCCUCAUCGUGGGUCUCGAGACCUCGUACGUCCAGGACCUUCCGGCCAAGCUCGACCAGCUCCACGAGGAGCGCUUGACGUGCAUCGUUGCGCCGCUCUUCCAUCCGCGCUUCCGCCGGGACUCCGCAGGCGUCUCGGACGCGCGCGACGGCCCGCAAACCCGCUCGGACUUGGUUCUGGACUCGCGCGGCUGGACCUCGUCGGUCGUGGGCCAGCUCUCGACGUGGGUCGACUACGAUGCUUCCUGCGAUGCCACACGCGCGACGGCCGAGAAGGUCUUCAAGGAGGAGAUCGCGUGGGCGUCGCACUUGUCGCUCGCGGCCAUCAUGACGCCGCCGCUGCACGCCACGCGCUCGAACGCCAACUACGCGCGCCUGCUCAACCAGGCCGCAACGCAGGCGUCGUACGCGCAGUUUUGGGUUAAAGUGCCCAUGUACUACCCCGGUCGCUUCAACGAAGAUGACGCGUCGUUCGUCGACUCGUGGGAAGCUUGGAACAACCUCCGGUCCAUGUGCGAGUUCAAUCCCAAGAUUCACGUCGCGCUCGAGGUCACGGCCGACCUCCCGGACGUACACUACCUCGACCGGUGGCUUGGCGAGCCGCUCGCGGCCGUAAUUGUCCCCACCGACAUCUUCCUCACCAACAAGAAGGGGUACCCGACGCUUUCCAAGAUGCACCAAAAGUUUUUCCUCAAGCUUUUCCAACACAAGAUCCGGUACUUUCUCAAAGGCCGACCGCACCACCACCAGCGGUACCUCCCGUACGUGCAGUACCUGGAGCACCUCUGGUCGACGCGCUCGUCGUGUCCGGACGCGAAGGCCACGUUUGAAGCACCGUACUUGGACUACCUUCAGGCCCCGCUGCAGCCGCUCAUGGACAACCUCGAGUCGCAGACGUACGAGACGUUCGAGCAGGAUCCCGUCAAGUAUGCGCAGUACGAGGUUGCGAUCACGCAGGCGCUGGCCGCGACACCAAGCGACAAGAUCUCGGUCGUCAUGGUGGUCGGUGCCGGCCGCGGACCGAUCGUCCGCUGCGCCCUUCGUGCGUCCGUGAAAGCCAACCGCACGAUCAAGCUCUACGCGCUCGACAAGAACCCCAACGCCGUCGUCACGUUGCGCAACAUGAAGCAGUCGGAAAAGUGGGACAACGUCACGGUGGUCUCGGCCGACAUGCGUGUGUGGAAGGCGCCCGAACUCGCCGACAUUAUGGUCAGCGAGCUCCUUGGGUCGUUUGGCGACAAUGAGCUCUCGCCCGAGUGCCUUGAUGGCGCGCAGUCGUUCUUGCAUGCCGACGGCAUUAGCAUUCCGGCACGCUACACGUCGUUUGUCGCGCCCAUCUCGUCGUCCAAGCUCUGGAACGAAGUCAAGGGGCUGGAGGCACUCACGUCGCUGCCGCAAAAGACUACGAGACACCGUACGUGGUGCGACUGCACCAGAUCUUUUCGUUCGCGCGCCCGCAGCCGUGCUUUGUCUUUGAUCACCCCAACCGUGAUGCUACGAUUGACAACCGCCGGUACACGCAGCUGUCGUUCGAGGUGCACGAGAAUGGCGUCGUGCACGGCCUCGCGGGCUACUUUGACAGCGUCUUGUACGGUGACACGUGCAUUAGCAUCAACCCCGAGUCGCUUGAUCUCUCGCCCGGCAUGUUUUCGUGGUUCCCGAUCUUCUUCCCGCUGCGCACGCCACUCCACGUCCGCGACGGUGACGUUCUCGACGCGGUCUUUUGGCGCCAAGUCGCCAACGGCAAAGUGUGGUACGAGUGGGCCGUCGGUGUCAACAACGCCAUGUGGACGCCGAUCCACAACCCCAACGGCCGCUCGUACUGGAUCGGUCUCUAACGCGACGCCCGUUUGCCGCUGGUUUUGAGCCAAAACAAAUCGAUACGAC